GCAAUAUUUCUUUUGGCUUGUGUUAUAAAUUACACCUAUGGAUCAGUGCAACCAAAAGCGCCAAAUUUUCAAUAUUUCGAGAGACCCAAAUAUCGUUAUCCUUAUUACGAUGAAAAUGGACGCGGUAAGCUGUUGUAUGGAUAUGGAGGACCGGAGCUAUACCAAUACAAAACAUAUACACCAUUAGAAGGAAUACAUUAA